AUGGAAAACUUUACGAUAAUAACGUUUGGUGAGUUAUAUCGUAAAACAAUGCGGUUCCACCAACCAUUGGGCGUCGUUGCAAACAACAACAAUGACUAUAUAAGCGUCAGCAUAAAUGAGACUAAUCCUGAUUCUCAAUUCAUAAUCACAAGUGAUCAACUUGCAAAGAUAAAUCCCUGCCAUGUCAUAUCGAAUGUAACAGAAAGUGUGAAUCUGACUCAGUUGAAAUCGAUUGUGAUUGAUAAGCGUAACGAAAACUUCAACAAUUUUGAUUCAUCUCUUGAUUCUCAUAAAACAACAACAUUGGAUAAUAUUUUAAAAUUCAAGAGUCAAAGCAAGUACUUCAGAAGCUACUUGCAGAGUCAAGAAACAGACACUAAAAGUAUUGAUUCAGGCAACGGCAACAAUGGCAUUAUCUUCAUUGAGACAUUAAAUUUCAUUGAAGAUAACUUAACGGAGCUGGCAACAUUAUCACCGACAUCACCAACAUAUGAUAAUUGCAUAACAAAUCAAAGUUACAACGUACAGAAGUGUUUGAGUAGCUUCCAAAGACAACGCAGGGAAAACUUAAUCAAGCUGGAUUUAGAGUCCAAUUACAUGACGAAGCAUGAGGGAUUGAUGCAGAUGGGUGUCAAUAGUGCUGGCUGUUCCGUAGAAUCAAGUCCCGUUGAUAGUCUACUAGACGACCAAGAGCUUUUAUCACCAUCGUCAUCGUCUUGUGCUGACCUCAGUUCACCAGAUCCCAACGAUUUACAACAGCAUCGUCGUUAUCCACGUGGCAUCAUAAAUCCAAAUUAUCCAGGCUUCCAACAUUUGGCGCAUACACUCGCUGAACAUUUUAUUGAUCAUCAUCAGCUCGAGUUGUCUGAUAGCGAAAUAUCUGAGGAUUUUGACUUUGAUGCUGCUUAUCGGAGUGGAAAUCUCGGUAACGUGAAUAUCAUGGGGGAUAUCAAUGAUAGUAAUAACAAUAAUGAUAACAUCAACAAUAACGCUGAUGCGUUGGAUAAGAAUAUUGAUUUGAAUCGUAAUAAAAAUAGGCGCAGUAGCUUUUCUAAACCGAGGAAUGUUGUGAAUGACUUGAGCAUAAUGAAGGAGAAUCAAAUGUUGAUGGAUAAAGGGUAUGAAGAUGGAAACGACAAUUUACUGAUGAAAUCAGAGCCGAAGGUCUUCUGUGAGAGCAAACAUUUAGAUCUUCACCAAGAGAAUGAGAAUCAUUUGGAAAUGUCUGAUGGCGAGGACGAAGAAUGCUGCAAUGUUUCUUCGAAUAUUUCCUUUAAGGUUGAAAUCGAUUCAAGUCGAAUGGAUUUCGAUGAGGAUGACGAUGAGUUGGCUGACUUAAGUGGAGAAGAUGACGCCGCUAUUAAGAAUGAAUUGGAGAAUAUUGAUAAAGCAGACAAUGAUUUCAAUGAGAAUAUAAAUUGUGACUUGGCCACUUAUCUCACCCAAUACGACUUCAAAAUGGAUUUGAAUAAAACAUACAAAUACGAGAAUGAACAUAAAACGGAAGAAGAAUGUUUGACCGAUGAGGAUAAUAGCAAACUACCAACACCUGAUAUUUUAAUUGAACAUAAUAAUAAAAAGCUUCAGAACGACGAUAACAGUGAAGAUAACAUGAAUGAAAGUAAUUUACCAGCAGUCGUCGUUGUUGGAGAUGAAUCUAAAAGUGAAAUGGUUGACGUAUCACAAUCGGAUGAUGUGAACGAUUACCAACCGGAUUUAAUUAAAAACAUAACAGAGACAAUUAAUAUUAACGACAAUAAUGAAGAUGAAGGAAAACUGGAAAUCCGGAGGAAUGUGAAAGAAUUGCAUGAAAAUGAAAAAGGUGAUAACGAGCGCAAUAUAAUCGACAAUGGGAAUGAUGAGAAGAUAAUUAAUCAAAUGCAGCAGACCGAGACGGCGUCAAAUUCUGAUUCAAAUGAGAUAACAAUUCGGAAAAAUCAUCCAUUGUCGUUUGAAAGUGCCACGUCAACCACGGUCGAUAUAAUCGGAGAUUUUGGAAAAGAAAUUGAGAAGGAAAUCGGUCUAAUUGUUUCCGGUUAUCGAAAUGCAACAAAUGAAAAGUUCUGUGAAGAACUUUCGAAUGAGAAAAAGGCUCAACAAUCGAUCCGUCCCAUUAAAGAUGUCGAGUUCUCAUCGAAGGAACAAGAACUCGUUUUCGAUGAGAAUAAAUUUAUUGAACAUCUUAAAUAUUUUAGUAAGAUGGGCGAUGCCGCAUUAUCAAGCGUCGAAGAAACGAUCACUAUGAAGAGCACAUUAGUCGACAUGAACGAUCAAAAUGUGUCGAAUAUGAAUCAGUUUUCGAACGAUGCUGGUGAUGGCGAGAGUCUUAUUCCAACUGCAAUUGUAAAGCCGAAAUAUCAAAAGUUAUCAUUCGACGACCGUCAACUUCCUAUUUGUGGAUCAACAGAUGAUACAAGUUGGCACAGUCAAGCAAACACAUUGUCAACUACAAUCACAACUACACCACGUAAAGUACAAAAGCAUUUGCCAAAAUCGCAAAAGUCUUUUGCUAAACAACAAAACCGGAAAGUGGUAAAUAAGGGCGGUGACUUAUGUGUUGAUUAUGAGAUGAGUGGUGAUAAGGAAUCAAUAAAUUCAUUACGACACAAUCAAAAGGAAACCGAUUGUGGUGUUGCCAUUGUGCAACCGAUUAAAAAAAUUAUAGACGCGAACGCGAGUGUAAACAUGAACGAUGAAAAGAAUCAAAAAUCUAUCGAUAUUUCUAAAAAUAGAAACAUUAUGAGCCAUAAACAUGAACAGCGAAAUCGUAAUAGCACUAAAUGUGAAAUCGCAGUGGGAAUGAAUGAGUGCGGUGAUAAAAAUAUUAAUUUCCCAUCGCGAAAGUCCGCGUGUAUCGUUCGUGAUUGUGAAAAAAAGGUGCCAACAAAGAAAAAAGAUCCGAAAGAAAUUUCAGACGCCUUCGAUGUAUAUAAUAUCGAGACAGCCCUUCCCGUCAUUGAUAUGGAAGCAAUUGAAACGCAUUUGAUGGCGGCUAAGGAAGAAGAACAAAAG